AAGCUUCAUUUCAAGUGUUAGUUGUAUUGUGCAAAGCUUUUAUCAUGCUCGCACGUAUAAGCAUGUCCCGCAGGCUAUCUAAUUUCUUAUGUGAUUCACUUGAAAGUUGUGAUCCAGAAAUUUAUGAUCUAAUAGAGCUCGAAAAGAAACGUCAGUUUUACAGCCUUGAACUUAUCGCUUCUGAAAACUUUACUUCUCGAGCUUGUUUAGAAGCUCUCGGCUCUGUUCUCACUAAUAAAUAUUCUGAAGGACUUCCGGGAAUGCGUUACUAUGGAGGCAAUGAAGUGAUAGAUGAAAUUGAAAAUUUGUGUAAGAAACGUUGUUUAGAAGCUUUUGAACUGGAUCCCUCUAAGUGGGGUGUUAACGUUCAGUCCUAUUCCGGGAGCACCGCAAACUUUUCCGUGUAUACUGCGCUUCUAAAACCAUUUGAUAGAUUGAUGGGUCUCGAUCUUCCCCACGGCGGCCAUCUUUCUCAUGGAUUUCAGACUUCUAAAAAAAAGAUUUCUUCGUCUUCCAUUUACUUUACCUCCAUGCCCUACCAAACCGAUCCUAAAACUGGUUUAAUUGAUUAUAAUAAACUGGAAGAAUCGGCGGAUUUAUUUCGACCUAAUCUCAUCAUCUGCGGAGCAAGUGCUUAUCCUCGAGAUUGGGAUUUUCAGCGCUUCCGAAAAAUUGCGGAUCGGCACGAGGCUUACUUAGUCAUGGAUAUGGCUCACACUUCCGGCCUUAUUGCAGCUAAGCAGGCCAAUAAUCCUUUUGACUACUGCGAUGUGAUCACCUCCACUACUCACAAAACUCUCCGGGGACCGCGAGCCGGAAUUAUUUUCUACCGAAAGCCUGUUUCUGAAACUGAAAAAUUUCUCUCUGAUUUAGAAUCUCGAAUUAAUUUUGCGGUGUUUCCUUCGUGUCAGGCUAGUCCCCACAACCACCAAAUUGCUUCGAUCGCUGUAGCGAUGAAGCAAGUUUCUUUACCUGAAUUUAAAGAUUAUAUUGUGCAGGUUAAGAAGAAUGCCGUGGCGCUGGCCAACUCUCUAAUAAGCUUGGGCUAUAGACUAGUGACGGGAGGGACGGAUAACCACUGCAUUCUGUGGGAUUUGCGGCCUCUUGGUCUCACUGGAAGUAAACUCGAGAAGCUCUGCGAGAAAGUGAGCAUCUCCUUGAACAAGAAUUCGGUACCGAAAGACACGAGCGCGUUAUCGCCUGGGGGAGUGCGUAUAGGCACGCCAGCCUUGACAUCGAGGGGCUUCAAAGAGACUGAUUUUGUUGAAGUGGCUGAGUUUUUGCACCGCGCUGUCCAUCUCUGUUUGGAAAUUCAGGUUGAAACUGGGAAAGCAUUGCCAUGUUUUCUUAAAGCUUUAGAGAAUAAUCCGAAACUUAAUGCUCUUAAGACUGCAGUAGAAGCGUUUGCUUCGAAGUUUGAGAUGCCUGGCUUUGAUAUCAGCGACACAAAUAAUAAAAUUUAA